AUGGAUGACACUGACAUGACCGAUGUCGCCUACGAUAUUGACAUUGAUGUAGGCGAAGACAUAGCACCGGCGGCACAAGCGUCGCAACCACAGCAGGUUGUCCAAAACAACGCGGCCGAAGCAGAGCGAAGUGUUCCCGCGGCCUACACCGAGGACAUUAUUGUACACGAGCCAUGGCCGGAAUCCCUCAACCUCCAGGGCGUGAGCGACUUCGACCCCAACGAUCCGCUCUACUGGGCUAUGGAGCAUUGUCAGUCAGACCCGCGCGUCAAGCAGCUGCGCUGGGUCAACGACAACUCGGUCAACCUCGAGUUCUACAGCAAAGAAGACGCGACGCUUGCCCUGACCAUCCUCACACACCCCGACAACGGUGACUUCAGCAACGUCUCCAUGCAAGAGCCCCGGAAGGCGAAACCGUACUCGAAGAAGCCGGACAGCGUGCUCAUGGUCAGGCAGUCCAACGCCGGGGAUCAGAAGCCGAGGGGCGCGGCCACUAGGAGCAACUACUACCAGCGCAACCCCGAUGUCGCCGGCAACCGCCAGAGGGAGCCACGGCGAAAGCCUCCUCCAAAGAAAGACUUUCUGGAUUACGGCGAUGAAGAAAUGGCAUCUGGUGAGCGACCAAGGCGGAGAAAUAGUGGAGAUGAGUCCAUGGGCGAUUCAGGCCUUGACCAGAGGGGCCCGCGCCGGAACGGACGAGACUUUCGCGAUGAUCGCGACGGGCGAGACAACCGGGGUCGCGGCAGGGGGGGCCGUCAACCAGCUUCAGGCAGGCUCAGGAACGAUGCCCAGGGCCAAGACGUCGACUCGUACCGACCAGGCUCAAGAAGUCCGGCAGAGCCACGCUUUGGUCGCCUGCGAGGACGCAGUGCUUCCCCAGCCUCUGAUGAAGAAGGCGACGGCCGAUUCGGGUUUGCCGAGCACGAAACGCACGCAGGCCGUCGGCGGUACCGCAGCCGAAGUCGUAGCCGUAACAACCGCCGUCGUCGCGAACCCAGCCUGGAUCGUUGGACGCACGACCGUGCCAACUACGAUCGUCAGAAUGGCCCUACAGCUGGCGGACGUUGGCAGAAGGACGCUUUCUUUGUUGACACUUCACCAAUGGGCAACCACCAUCGGUCAAACGCUAUAGACGUAUCCAAGACACGAGGAGGCGGGGAAUCGCUACUUUCGCGCAUGACCAAGAACGGACAGCCCGUGCUACCGCAGCCGAAGCGAUCGCUAGCUGACAGGAUUACACGCGAUGAUGAUGAGCCCGAAGAGUUGUUUGGCCGCCUAAAAGGUGACGACCGUGAUCCUCAUGUUACCGACUUCUCGGAGCCAUCACGGUCUCGUCGCGGUCUGGCAGAUCGUAUCACGCGCGACGGCGACAUCAACAUUCGCGGUCAAGGACGAAACCGAAGCCAAGAAGGCAUUAACAUCCGCGGCUCCGCUGAGCGAAGCGGAGGAGGCGGUAUCAAUAUACGUGGUGUGGCAAGCGGUGCCUAG